AUGUCUCAGCAGGCAGAGGAUCCCGCGCCGGAGCCGGAACUAGGGCCGAGUGAGGGCGGCGGGCGCGCGCUCCACAUGCGCUCCUUCAAAUUGAGGUUUGCGGCGCACCGUGAGCCCGGUCGAUCCAACUUUUCCGCCAUAAAACCACUCGGCUUGCCCGCUACGGUAGCAGAUGCGCCGCAAAGGGUGGAGCGACACAAGGCGCUGACGGAGGCCGAGGAGGCGGCACUGAAUCGAGUGCGAGCCAUGUUCACGCGCGGACCGAGGGACAAGUAUGGCUGGUGGUGGGAUCAAGCUUCAAAAAUAGCUACAACUACUUUUUCUGAUCGUCGACUAAAUCAUCACAUACAAGAUUCAUCAUGGCUCAAAACACGCUUGCUUAUACUAGCUGCAGAUGAUAAGCUCAAGCAACGCUAG